AUGUGCGACGAUUCCUUCUUAAUUAUCAUGGCUUGUUUACAAAUCAUUCUUCUGGCUGCGUCUGCAAGUCUAGUUUUGGGUCAACGACCUUUCUUCGCUGGCUCCCGUCCCAUUGGGUAUCCUGAGAUAGAAAAGCCGAGUACUACUGCUGAUGAGCUUGGUAAUCGCUUCGGCGAGGGCACGACGCAGCGGCUGCCCGUUGAGGCGCUGGGCGAUAGGGACCUGGUGGACAGGCUCAGCAAGCUGCCGAUAGACAAGCAGCCGUUCUGGUUCAUCAACUGGCAGGCCAUAGAGGCGCACCGACAGCAGCCGCAGACCUACCCGCUGCGCCCGAAUCCGUUCGCAGAAAGCGCAAGCGUGAACGCUCCCGCUCCGAGCGGGAAUCCCCCUACAAGCUCCGACCUGGGCAACAGGAGCGGCGUUUCUGCUAACCCUACCAGCGCCCCGUCACCGACCAACGCGCCGUUGUACAAACAAAGCGACAACAGGGUCAAGGAAUCUGUUCACUCCGUCAGCAAAACAAACGGAGGAAAGGGACCUAACGCGCAGAAU